AUGGAGUGCAGUUUCUACAUGUCCAAGCACCCAACUACGAGCACCAUGGCAGCCACGGCUCACAGCGCUAUGCCCGGCUUCGGCGGUCCGCCCGGAGGCGGACCAGGCCCGGCUGGCGGCCCUAAAUGGUCGUCAAGCUCAGAUGAACCCCGGGCUCGAUAUAUUUUUGCCGAUUUCCAUAUCCAGAUGGAACAUUUUGUCUCCGAGACCUCGCGACAAGAUGGGCGAAACGAAGACACUGUGGGGCGAUAAGUGGGGAUGGUGGAGGACGGUAUCUUUAUAGGCUUUGCUGAGCUUUGGAGGGUGAUUCCUUUUCUUAACAAAAAAAUACAACGCUUUUUCCUCCUCAAUUUUCAUGAUACAAUGCCUGGUGAUCGAACCCAUGCCAACGGACCACAACACCAAAUUGGCAUACAUGAACGUCCCCCAGGAUCUGUUCAUCAGGCUUGGCAUGACAAGAAAUUGAAAAAGGGGCCUAACACACAUCAGUAUUCAAACCACCAAUCUGUCACACACCAGACUGUAAGCAUUCUCCCUACCCACAUCAGCUCGGACUCAAACUGACUGGGUUCAUUAGAUUUCCCCAGCUCCAUGGCCUCUUUCGGUGCACAGCCACCACCAUCAUCACAUCUCGCCUCCUCCCUCUGCCCAGCACAUCCAGAUAGCCCAAUCUGUCCUUCGAUCCCUAUCCAGCUCACCUGCUGGAUCUGGUCCAAGAUCGCGUGGCCAAUGACAAUGCCGAGACAACAGAUGUCGAUACCGUCCCGGCCAGCCCGCAUGAUAUCCCGGCAAAGACACCUACAAUCAUUAGAGGCCCGGAUAUGGAACCCUCGUUGAUUGAUCCGAACCUGCCAACCUAUCACAGCACGGCAAAGUUGGUCGUCGACAUUGAGCGUCGCAAGAUUCAUGAAAAGCGUGGUUGAGCUCCUCCAAGGUCUUUUCUUUGGAAAAAGAUACUCGACCGACAUGGGUGACUUGAGGGAAAAUUUUGAGGACGAAUCUUUGAGAAGAAUCUUGGUUAAUUGCGCGAUGAGUUAUAGUUUUGGUGUUUAUUGACAUUUGUCUAUGCAGAUGUUACCGGGGAGAUUUUAUUGACUUUGGUUGGGGGUAAAUGGGAUAUUUUAGGUGUGGGAGUAUCCAGUGGUAGAGGGAGAGUGUGUACUGUACUAUUGUAAUGAACUUCUGUAAAUCUAUCGGUCCUUGUGGGAGUAGUGAUUGAUUAUGGGUAUAUUGUAUAUUAAUGUAUUUUACUUUGUUUGCUUGUAGGUUGCGUCUUUUACUGCGGUGUUGAGAAUGGUCAAAGGGGACAUGUU